GGAAACGAGCGCUGCCCGGCAGUCAGUCGAGCCGUGCCUACAUCGAGAAAAGCGAGUACGGCGUAAAAUCGUCGGCGAUGUCUGACACGAGCGAAGCACCAUCCUUGGCGUCGCACGUGAGACGAGUCCGGGUGCCUAGUCAAGCGUCAGACGUGGAUCAGUUCCUGGACGAGUUGUUCAUGCCGGUUCUAGACGGGAACUUGGACGAGUUGUCCGACGCGAGAAGCUUGGCGGCUAGCAUUAAGGGCACGAAGGACGAUGGCAGGUCCCGACAGAGCGAUGCCAUAAUUGUUGGAAAUUUCAAAGAGAGACUCGAAGAGCCAGAGACGGUGGAGGAUUUCAUCGGAACGAUGAUCAAGAGGAACAACGACGUGGCAACACAUCACGGUGACAUUAUCACGGCGAAAGAACUGUCCGAGAGGAUCAAAGGCGGUGGGAACAUGGACAUACCGAAUCAGAACGCGACUUUCAACUUUGGUGCCAUCACACCGGGAAUGAUGUCACCGCCGAUGAUGAUGCCGAUGUUCAGUACGCCGCAACAAGUGCCGCCGGCGCAGAGCACCAGCAUGAACAUGAGCGCCGGCUUCAUGCCGAUACCGAUUUACAGCAUGCAAGGACUCAGCCUGCCUCAGUAUCCGAGUUCACCGCCCGGUCAGAACAACGACAUGAUGGCCUAUCAGCAAAAUCUGCAACGAGCGUUCCUGCAGAGCGCUAUGGCGCAGAACAUACAGAUUCAACAGCAACUGCUGGCGCAAAACCAAGCUCUUCAACAGCUGCUCGUGCAGAGCCCUCAGAACUCGUCACAGCAACCGCGAAUUGUCCCAGAAAGUAAUCAAAGUGAAAACAAAGAACACGAUAGAUCACGAUAUACUCUGUACAGGCGAAAGACCCCCACUUGGAUAAUUGAUUACACAGCGUUACCUUAUCGCACCGAUAAUACCGACACCGGAUGUCGUAACAUCAUGUAUAAGCUGAGAAUUGCAUGU